CCCAGCAGUGCGCAGGGUUCCCGAGUUGGGGGCGGGUUUUAACCCGCUCACUUCCGAUUAGGAUUUGGAGCAGGGAACUGGAAACCGAAUGCCGAAGACCUGAGUUCGAAUCCUAAAAGUUGGCGACUCGUCGCCAGGCCUUGUCCAGGUACCCAGUCCUCUCGGGCCUCAGUUGCUGCUCUUAUAAAAUUCAUGGCAGCGUCCCACAAAGCGUGGCUUGUCACCGCCAAGCACCAGAAUCUACCAUUAACUAGAACACUAUUUACUGCCAUUAAACACGUGGCUCUCCGCGUUCCGUCCCGGACCAGGGAAGCCUCGGAGAGGCGCCUGUACCUGGCAACCCCAUAAGUGCCUUUGCAAACCUGCGGAUUAAAGGCUCUCUGAGGACUUCGCCGUUGAGAUGACCACGCCAAGGACGUUAGCGAUCGUGAAGGGUUGGUUGUAUGUCGGCCUGCCUGGGUCGGGGUGCCCAAAGAUGACACCAUCCAGAUAACAAUACCACCCCGUGCCUAACCUCUCUGGACUGAAGACUCCCCAUUUCUAGCCAAGGGGCCCCACACCAGACCCGCCACCACGCUCGUAGGGAGGCAGGGAGCUCCCUUUACCCACGAGGUGGCCCUGCAGGUGGCCACUACAGGUGGCAGAAGCCCCGGCUAGGGCGCGCCGAUGUCCGAGGCGAGUGGACCAAUUGACUGGUGACGGGCAGUCUCUCGGUCAGGGCCCCUCCACGCCAGCAUGAACUACAGGAUCCCUUCUGCUAGGGGCUGGCUCAGCAGCCGCCCACCCACUUCUGAACCUGGCCUGGCACCUGCCUCAGGUGGGCCAGCCUCUGAGACCACCACCCUCAGCCCAGAAGCCACCAGCUUUAAUGACACCAGAGUCCCUGACGUGGCCAAUGGCGCAGCCGGCGUGGGCACCAUGCUGUUGUCCUUUGGGGUCAUCACGGUGAUUGGCCUGGCUGUGGCGGUGGUUUUGUACAUCAGGAAGAAGAAGAGGCUGGAGAAGCUACGCCACCAGCUCAUGCCUAUGUACAACUUCGACCCCACGGAGGAACAAGACGAACUGGAGCAGGAGCUGCUGGAACACGGGCGGGACGCGGCCUCCAUGCAGGCUGCCGCCUCUGCACAGGCUGUGCAGGGCAAGACCACUGUCCCCUCCCAGGGCCCUCUGCAGAGGCCCAGCCGGCUGGUGUUUACCGACGUAGCCAACGCCAUCCAAGCAUGAGUGGCCUGGGGACAGGCCUGGAACUCUGACAGACGCCCACCAUGGUGCCCAUAGGGCUGCCUGCUCGCUGAUUGUCAAGAUCUGUUCUCAGGACCUGCCCUGCCAAGUCAGGAAAGGGCCAGACCAGGCCCCAGCUGCUCUACAGACCCACCUGCUGAAUCUCCAAGGCUCUGGCCAGGCUGGGAAUCUGGCCACGGACCUCUCCUGCCCUGCGGGCCCUGGCAUGGAGGGCCUCCCUCGAGCCAGGAAGGUUAUGAGGCACUGCUGGCUUUCUCUUCUCAUGUCCAGGCUGCUUAUAUCCAGGUCUGCUUCUCUGUCGUGGAGGAAAUGGAGGGGAGACAUGGGUGAGAGAGGAGGUGGGAGAAAUUGGAGGUGGAGGUUCCCCAGUAUCAGGGAAAGACUUGUGCUUUAAAAUCUGGAGCCUUCUCUGGGGUGGGGAGAGGCAGCCGCGUGGGUCCCAGGGCCAGCAUCUGUGACAGACUGGGAGAGGCCUGGGGAUGGAGCUGAAACUGCACAAAAGGCAGGAUGUCAGGAGCAGGGCUGCCCAUUCCACCCGCGUGGCCCUGAGCUGCCCCAGCCACCCAACUCCCACAGCCAGCAGCUCACCAGACCCAGAGGGAGCUCAGGGAAAAUGCAGUAGGGGUUCAGAUGGGGAGGAUACAGCCCACCAGGUCUGCAGAAAGGACCCAGGCACGUGCAUGAGUGCAUUCUCAGGCAGAUGUGUGCCCAUCCCAGCACAGGGCAGCAUGGAAACUGCACUGGCCCCACCUGUGAGUCAACCCCACCCCCACGCCAGGAAGUGGGACCUCGGGGUAGGCCACCUUCUCUGCCCUCAGUGUUCAGGGACCAUAGGGAGAGGGAAGCAAGGUGAGGUCCUGCUGUCCACUCUGUUUCUUUGCGGGCUGCAGAAGGCAGGCCAAUCCACUUCCAUCUGUCUUCUUGUCCUGGACUACAUUAAGGACCUAGGGUUGGAGACUUGGUUUGACAGUGGUGGUUGCCGGCCACAGAGUAGUGGGGGCAGCUCUCACUGCUUGAAGGGGGGGGGGUGCUCCUUGCAAAGACUGAAGAAAUCUGGUCUGUGUUUAAAUUCUCCACCUCCACCCCAUCUGUGGAAAGAGUCUCCCAGUGCUGAUGCACUGAGGAAGAGGAUCCUCUGUAUCUGGCCUCCCACUAAGCCCUGAAGGCUGGGAACCAAUGCCAAGGGCAAGGCACUGGGCAGAGACAGACCCCAAGGGCUACACUGGCUAUGCAUAUGCACGCAGGCAUGCGUAGUGGUCUCAUCACAUCACUGUCUUUGGCUGAUCAGGGGUGCCCCGGGGAGGGCAUGUGUGGAUCCUCCAUUGGGCAAAUACCUCAUGUCAGGGGGUGAGGGCCUAGGAGGCCCCAUGGGGAAGGUUCUGGAUUUAUUCCCUCCUCUAGAUGCUAUAAAUACUUUGGUACUUGCACUAACUGGAGGGCUGUGGGUAAUUUGGGAUGCACAAAGCUGUAAUUUAACUCACAGCAUCUCUAUGUGAGAACAUUAAAGAUGUA